AUGCAGACGCGACUCCUGGAGCUUCCCGACCCCUCGCUGGACGUUGCCAUGAAGGCAGCGCUGGCAAUGGAAGCUACCGCUAAGGAUGCCGCCGAGAUUUCCCGUGCGACUGGCUCGCCGUCGGCGGAAGCGGCGGUCAACGAUUUAGCUACAAAGGGCAGUACCUGCGGUCGCUGUGGUGGUGCCCACUCCCCCUCACAGUGUCAGUUCUCUCAAGCACAAUGCUUUACGUGCGGGAAAACUGGGCACCUGGCACGUGUAUGCCGAAGUGGGAGGAUGAACAGCAAGCAGCAGCCUGAUUCAAGCACACGUACCACACAAGCCCGCGGCGAGGGUAGCCGACGCAAGGGUAUGCGGCGGAGCCAUGCGGCAGAAAGCUCAAGUUCUUUUGCGGCCAGGCUGCAUGCCAUGGCAGAGAACCCCCCUAUUUUCGACAUGUGGCACACAUGCUUUGUACCGUCGUCUGUGCCGCCGUAUAUGCUGACCGUCGAAAUCUGCGGGCACCCCAUUUCCAUGGAGCUGGACACUGGGGCCAGCGUAUCUGUAAUGGCCGGCAAACUAUUCAAGCGUACUUUUCCCGGCGUGUCCGUCGAGGCUUCGGGCGUGAUGCUUCGCAGCUCCUCCGGGCUACUCUACCAGGUCCAGGAGUACCCGGAAGCCAGCCUGCAUGUGGUGCAGAGCUGCCAAAUCUGCCAGGAGCAUCAGCGAGCCUCGCGUCAUGUGGAUAGCACCCCCUGGACGUUCCCACAGAGACCCUGGUCCCGCCUACAUGUGGAUUUUGGGGGACCCUUCAAGGGCCACAACUUCCUGGUGGUGGUGGAUGCCUUUUUGAAGUGGGUGGAAGUUCUACCUGUCACCACUCCGUCAGCAGGCGCAACCAUUGCAGCGCUACGACAGGUCUUCGCCGCCCAGGGGUUGCCGGAUGUCAUCGUGUCCGACAAUGGUCCUGCUUUCACCAGCACAAAGUACCUGUCCUGGCUGACAAAGAACGGAAUCUGCCGCAUGAUGGUUCCGCCGUACCACCCUGCUGCAAAUGGUGCAGCCGAGCGGGUGGUGCAAACCAUCACAGACAAGCUCAAGAAGAGCCAGACUGGGGAUUUUCGGACGCAGAUUGCCCUGAUACUAUUUAAGUAUCAGACCACGCCCCACGAUGUCACUGGCCGUGCCCCCUGUGAGCUCCUGCUGGGUCGAAUGGCCAAGACACCCUUGGAUGUCUUGCAUCCGGACCUCCGAGCCACAGUGCUUUUGAAGCAGCUGAAGCAGAAGCUGGCUGCCGACCAAGAGUGCCAUCCCGGGCCUUUGCCAGAGUCGGGAGCUCCAGUUUUUGUCAGGAACUUCCGUCCUGGCCCACCGUGGUCUCCCGGACAGGUGGUGCCUCCUGCCAGCGCCUCAUCACUGCUGGUGCGCACGCGAGACGGGGCAAUGUGGCACAGACACGCCGACCAUGUCAGGCCUCGCCUCGGGACCUGGCCAGCACCCUCGACUGCCACACCUGAGUUCUAG